AUGUCAAUAGUUAGUAAUAAUAGUAGUAAUAGUUUUAAUUACAAUUUAAAAUUUAACUCAAGUAAUAAUUGUGAUACAAAUAAUAAUUACAGUAAUAAUAAUUAUAAUAAUAAUAAUGAGGUUGAAUCAAAUGGAAGUGGUUUUUUUAAAAUAAAUAAUAAUAAAGAUGAUUCAAUUGAAUUAUCUAGUAAUAUAUUUCAAAACUUUUCACAUUAUAACAACUAUAAUAUAAUAGUAAACACUAAAGAGAAAUAUAUAAUUAUGAAACAAUUUCAAGGUUCACAAUUUUCGCCAUACUACCCGUCUGAAUUAGAAAAAUAUAUAAAUAAGGAUCAAUUUUUUAAAAUAAUAAAAAAGUCGAAUAAUAUAAAUAGCAAAUCAUAUCUUUUUAUAAUAAUACACUCAAUCAAUGUUGCAUUUAUAAUAGCACUACAAGCAAUUAUCUUUUUUCUUUUAUUUUAUUUCAAAAGUCCAUAUGAAUAUUUCUUUACAAUAAUAAUACCAACAAUUUUAUUAUUUUCAUUCACUUAUUUAAUUAAUUUGAUACAAAAAAAAACAAUUCUAUAUAGAAUAAAUAAUAUUGAAAAUUAUUAUAAAAAAUUACAUGUGACAUAUAAAGAAUUGGAGUUUAUUCCUUUAAUUCAACAAUUAAAUAAUAGACAAUAUUUUUUUGGUAAUAUAACAAUAGAUAUUAAAGAAAUAGAAGUAGAGUAUCCAAAUGAAGAUUAUAAUAAUUCAGAAGAAAAAAAAACAAAUCAAGUUAUUGAGGAAUCAAUUAUAGAAAUAAAAAAUGAUGAAAAUAUCAAAUAUAAAAGUAAUAGAAAUGGAAAUAUUGAAGAUGUAAAAAAAGAGGUUUUAGAAAAUCAAAACAACUCAACAACUACAACAACCACAACCACUGUUGUUAUUAGUAGUGAACAAUAA